UUAAUUAUGGUAUACGGACCAUUGGAAUCAGAUGUAUCACUGUUCCUCGUGCAGGCACUGUUGAUCAUCAUCUUGGCCAGAUUCAUGGCCUGGCUGUUUGCCAAGAUCCAACAGCCACCAGUGAUAGCAGAGAUUAUAGCAGGUAUAUUACUGGGGCCGACGGCGCUGGGGAAAAUCCCGCACUUCUCCAGCACGCUGUUCCCCCCGACGUCGGUGCGCAUCCUGAGCGCCUUUGCCCAGGUCGGUCUGAUGUUCUUCAUGUUUAUCAUUGGACUGGAGCUGGACCCCAAGCUGUUCCGCUCGCAGAUUAAGCGCGCAGUCAUGAUCAGUGGCGCUAGCAUUGUGCUGCCCUUUGGACUGGGCCUUGUGGCAUCACUCUAUUUGGCGCAUCUCCAGGAGACUGCCUGGUCCUACUCACUCGGCAUCUUUGUUGGUGUCGCCCUCUGUAUCACAGCCUUCCCAGUGUUGGCCAGAAUCCUUGCAACCAAGAAGUUGCUCUCGACCCCUGUAUCACCCUCACACGUGGUCAUGAGUGGCGUGGUCGUGCUCCUGUUCGCCUCGUCAUGGGCCACAGAGGUCAUUGGCAUUCACGCAAUGUUUGGUGCAUUCACACUGGGCGCCAUCACGCCCAAGACAGGCGGCUUCAAUCAAGCCAUCACAGAAAAGAUCGAGGACCUCAUCUUGGUCUUCUUGCUGCCAAUCUACUUUGUCAUCUCUGGACUGAGGACCGACCUCACCAAGCUCAACUCGGGCGAUGCCUGGUUGGGCGUGCUGCUCAUUAUCUCGUGCGCUUGCUUUGGCAAGGUCGUGGGCUCGGGCACCGUGGCCUUGUUCACCGGUAGCAACAAGCGUGACGCGCUGUCCAUUGGCAUCCUGAUGAACACGCGUGGACUUGUUGAGCUGAUCGUGCUCAACCUCGGCCUGGACUUUGGUAUCAUCAAUCAAAAGGUAUUUGGCAUCCUCGUGCUGAUGGCCGUAUUCACGACCGUCACGACCAGUCCGCUCAUCUCGCUCGUGAUGAAGAAGGAGAAACAAAAGGCCAACGACGAGUACACGGUCGUGCUCUGCACGCCUUCGAUCAAUAUCGGAUCGGCCAUGGUCGACCUGGGCUUCACAAUUGGCAACAACAAGACUGCCAAGCCCACCACGGUGGCACCACUGCGUCGCAAGAAGUACAAGAAGCUGUACAUGUUGUCCAUCUCCGAGGUCAACGACCGUCCAUCCGAUUUCAUCAGCCAGAUUCGUCGCGAUGUCUCUCGCUCCACCUACAGCCAUCUGAUCCAGCAGGGUGCGCUCAUGCGCCUCAAGCUGUCCUUCCACUCGAUCGUCUCGGACAAUGACCAUCUGUCCAAGGAGAUCAUCAACUUCACACACAACAAGGACGCCAACCUGCUGAUCGUCGGUGAGGACACCAACAACAUGAUCCACGGCCGCGGUGGCAUGAUCAACCCCGACGUCCAGUGGUCCAUCUUCAAGAACUCCACAUCACACGUUGGUAUCUUCACCGAUCGCUCCGGCUUCAAGUCGGUGCCACAUCGUUUCCGUCGCAUCAUGCUGGCGUACCUCGGCGGCAAGAACCCCAACGAUGCCGAGGCCCUUGAGUUGGUCAACCGCAUGUCCGAGACAGAGAAUGUCACCAUCACCGUGGUGGUCUUUGACAACCUGUUGUACAGACAACACAAGAAACAACAGGCACAGGAGUACAAGGACAGCAAGGACCACAAGGAGGAGAUAGAACUCGAUGAUGGCGUGGUCACCAAACCCACUGUAGGCUUCAAGGAGGACUCAACAGACCUGGAUCACACGAUUGAGUUGGUGGACGAGGACCACUCACACUUGCACGACGUGCUCAAUGGCAAGAACAAGGACAGGUUCAGCGUGAUCUACAAGACAGCCAAUCACAGACAGCGCGACUUGCUGGAGCUGGCCGUGCAGUACGACCUGUUGGUCGUGCCCUACGAGGAGAAGAAGGUCGCGUCGCUGAGCUCGUCAAUGUUCAACGUGCCGGGCAUCCAGAGCAUGAUGAAGCGCUCCCUGUCCCUGGUCCACCUGUCGGGCUCGAGGAAGCACGAGGUUCAGCAGUCACAUCAUCAACAUUUGAGCGAGAUGGAGGCGAUCGAGGGUGCCGAAGCCGCAGGAAACAUCGACUCACAGGCCCAUGCCGUGGGCGGCACGCAGCCCGACCAUCCAUCGAUCGUUCAAACCGACUCUGAUGAGUCGCAGUCCAAUUCGCCGCAGUCCAGUGGCGGCAGUCACCUCAAGGAUGGCACGGUGUUGGAGCGACAGAUGUCAGCCGACGAACUGGAGUUUGUUGGCGAUCGUCCUUUGAAUGAAUCCAGCGACUAUGAGCCAUUCUGGAACCGUUGUCCAAUCUCCACUUUGGUCAUCUAUCACAAGGACACCAUACCACUGCAUCCAAAGGAUUCCGACACCGAGUCCGACACUGUCAUCCAAGUUGACAUUCCACCAACACAAGAGCCUCAACAUUAUCUUCCUCAGAUGGAGGAGGAAGUUGUACAAAACAUUGAUACUACCAACUCUAACAACAACAACAACAACAACUCUAACAAUAUCAAUCCAACAACAACAAACAAUGAUAUAGAACUUGGAGUUGUGUUGGACAAGGAUCAACAACAUCACAAGACA